AGAUUAUCAAGUUAACAUUCAGGAUUCACAGUGAUCCGGCACUGUGAAGCAAAGCCGAAAACUGCAGUGAAGACAACAGUGUGGUUUGCAUGAUCCACAAACCACCACAACAUUGUUACAUAUAUCUGGUUUCCCAUCCACUGAAAGCAAAGCACACUGCAAUGAAGCUGGGUCGUAAAAGAAAGACGGCCAUGCAGAAUGCCAGGAAUUCUGCCCCCAACAACUCCAUCAUUCAGCCUGCAGGAUUUUACAUUGUUGCCUUGAGUUCAAUGCCUUACAAUAAUAUCUAUGUCAUGUUCCUCACUGUGCUUUAUGUGAUCACAGUCAUAUGCAAUGUCUUUCUGAUCACUAUCAUUUUCUAUGACCACCGACUGCAUGUCCCAAAGUUCAUGGCUGUUUGUAAUCUGGCUUUGGUUGAUCUUGUUCUCAGCACUUCUCUUGUGCCUGGCAUGAUAAAGACUUACCUUGUUCUUGACAAUUUUGUGCCAUUCAAACUGUGCCUUGCGCAAAUGUACAUUUACUAUGGUUUUUUAUUCCUUGAGUCAUUUUCCAUAUGCGUUCUUUCCUAUGAUAGAUUCGUUGCGAUCUGCUUACCUUUAAGACAGGAGUCUAUAAACACAAACACCAGAAUGGCUUACAUAAUUGUUGCAAUUUGGAUCUUUGGUCUUACUACAAUAUCCUACGGUGCCUCAUCCAUCCUGGCCGUCUCGUUUUGUGGCUCUCUUCAGCACAACAGCUAUUUUUGCGAUUUUACUGUUUUAAAACUUGCUUGCAGCGAUACAACGCACCCGUGGAAUUUUGCCACUGCUUUAACUAUACUCUUCAUGUUUGUACCUUUGACUUUUAUUUUCUUUACUUACAUGGGUAUAUUGAUCGCUGUAUUUAGAAUGAAGAAUAAUCAGAGCCGUUAUAAGGCACUGGCCACGUGCACCGAACACCUCGUGUUAGUGGCCAUAUUCUAUAUUCCAAUUUUUAUUAUCUUCAAUCUUGGAUUUUCUGGAAUUAUUAUAAACCCAAAUGUAAGAACGGUGUUCUUGUCUUUGUCGUCCCUCAUCACACCCUGUGUGAAUCCCAUCAUUUACUCAUUGAAAACUAAAGAGGUUAGAAGCAGGAUUUAUUCUUUGUUAACCCACAGACUGUCUGUUCAUCCUCUAAAAAAUACAUAAUAAUGUUUUAAACAUAACUGUGAUUCAAGUUAGAUUAUUCAAGUUAUUGAUGUUAUUUUGGAGGCUUUCUGUGAUGCUUCAUGUAUUGUUUAUUUUAAUGCAUUGCAUUUCAGAUUUAAAUCUCCAAUUCUACUUUGAUCUACGGGUAAUUUGUAAAAAUGAAUUUUCUUGAUUAAAUUGUAACAUUGAUUUAAUAGUCAUAGAGAGCACAUCUCCAUGUUUUCUCUCAUUAUGAAGAUUGCUGUAUGCAGCCAGUUUUUGUUUGCUACUUUAAGACUAAUGCCGGACUGUCUGGACUGAGAAAGGGCUACUCAUUGAGAAAACAAAGGAAAUUAACAUUCGAACUCUCUCUUGCAAAAUUAGCAUCCCCAUUUGAGACGUAAUCACACUGAGUCGAUCACACCUCAGCAACGCCUUAAUCUACAUCUCCCCUCCUUCACCCCCUCUUCUCUCUACAUGCAAAGAUGACCUGAAAUUCACCCAAAAUUUAUAUGGUUUAAUGUGAACAGUUAUCAUACAACUUUAUACAUGUUUGGUAUCAUUUGAAAUGUCUCAGUGCGACUGGUACAAAGGUCUCAAUCCCACAGAAGUAAACCAGAAGGUAAUAAAGGUUUAAAGAUUUUAGAGUUAUUUUGCCCCCUGUAGUGGGUGUGACCACCUUCACCAGGUCUUUCAUGCAAAUGCACUUCUGUCCCUAAAAGGUGUAAACUACUAAGUCUGGGACCCUGAUUAAUGCAAAUUCCAAUUGUGAAGUCAUGUUUCCAUUUGAAAGAAGUUUCUGUCUUGGUCUGAGUAUUUAAAGAGAUGUUGCAGGAGACUCAGGGCUCGAUCCUGUAAUCAAAUCAAAUCAGCCCACAUUGCUGGGUGUCCUUCAGACACUCAGCAAUGUGUAUUUUUCUAAUGUCAGGCAUGCAUCUUUUUAGUCUUUUUCUGAGCAUUUGAUGUUUUGUAUUGAUCACCUUUGAAUUGAUUAUGUAAUUGGCAUGAUACAUUUACCAAUCUGAAUAGGGUGAGCCUCAACCUCUGAUUACUGUAAUAUUAUUCUAACUAAGUGUACGGGGGAAACCACGGCAUGAUUAUAUAAGGUUACCAUUAGAAAGGUUAGGUUGGUCAGCUUGGUUCUAUGGUAAUGGUCAUGACCUCUGGUUAGAUAUAGUCUUGCUUUAAUUCAGUGGGUUCAGAUCUAUGGGGACUAAAUAACGUACUUUUAGAAAUAAGCAAGCAUGGUGCGGCAUCUAAAAGUAUUAGUCAUCGCCUCUGUCUAAUGACCAAGACUGACGAGUUUGUAUAUAUGAGAUCGUAUACCCGGCCGGUGCGAGACUCAAAGCGUUAUAAGAAUCCGAAUAAACGAGUACAAUAAGAGUAAAGAGUUAAAUAGAAUAAUCAAAUGUAGAGCUAAAUUAUUAUACAAAUGACCAAUAAUCAGUUAACAUUCUAAACUAAAUUCGAGGUCAUAAUAAAAUGGAGUCAGAUAAAAGUUUACUUGGACUUAAACUACUUUGCCACACUGAAAAGAUUGAACGCGCAAGAAACCUUCCCCGUCCUGUGGGAAACCGCCGUUGGACCGAUUGGGCGGGCCAUACACUACUUUAAAUAAUGCAAAUUCUUUAAGAUCUUAAAUAAUUUAAGAAUGGACAGAAAUAAUAUAUAAUUAGUAUGAUAGCAAUGUUUUAUAUUCACAAAAUGUUUACAUGUCUGAAAAAGCUGUCAAUAAUGUGAGUGCAGUGUUCAUCUGAUUAAAACUGUGGCUUUUGAUUGUCCAUGUUACUCAAUUCCUCAUCAACCUUAUUCUGUAUUUUAAUGUCACACACAUAAAACUUUCUUAAAGUUUCUAACUUAAAGUAUUUCUUUUUAAUAACUGCACUGUUUAAAACUGUCUUCACCCUGUAUCUUACAGUAGAUAUGUCUCUGAAGAAAAUCAAAAGCUGCUUGGUCUCCAAAGCUGGGGCCAGGUUUACCUACUCCACCAAGGUCUAAACUGCUGGUUCUCUAAACAGCAUUUGUUCAGAAAGGUCAUGCUAGCUGAGACAAAAAUAAAUCAUAUGCA